UAUAGUUAAUAACCAUAAAUAAUAUCAUUGACUGUAAUAUUGUCACAGAUGAUGGAUCAACACGUACCGAUUGUCAGGAAAUUAGCAGAGGACGUAGUAAAUAGAAUUGCUGCCGGCGAAGUGAUCCAAAGGCCAGCUAACGCUUUAAAAGAACUUUUAGAAAACAGCUUGGAUGCUAAAUCUACAAAUAUUCAAAUUACAUUAAAAAAUGGAGGUUUAAAAUUGCUUCAGAUACAAGAUAAUGGUACUGGUAUUCGCCUCGAGGAUUUGGGUAUUGUGUGUGAACGAUUCACUACUAGUAAGUUACAGCAAUUUGAAGAUUUGACUAAAAUAUCUACUUAUGGAUUUCGAGGUGAAGCAUUAGCUAGUAUUAGUCACGUUGCUCAUUUGACAAUCACUACAAAAACUAAUGAAGCUGUUUGUGCUUAUAAAGGAGUGUAUAAGGAUGGUAAAUUAAAAGCUCCACCUAAAUCUUGUGCUGGUAAUGUUGGAACCAUAAUCACUGUUGAAGAUUUGUUCCAUAAUAUAGCUACUAGGAAAAAAUCAAUGAAAAGUUUUAAUGAAGAACAUUUGAAAGUUGUCGAAGUUGUGAGUCGUUAUGCAAUACACAAUCCUUUGGUUGGGUUUACAGUUAAAAAACAAGGUGAAUUGUUGACUGAAGUAAAAACAAAUCAAAGUUCUACUCAUAUUGAUAAUAUUCAAGCUAUUUACGGCUCAACGAUAUCUAGAGCUUUGUUAGAAGUAAAUGAUUAUUGUAAUAUUCUUAAAGUUAAAAUUAAAGGCUAUGUAUCAAAUCCAAAUUUUUCAGCAAAGAAACAAAUUUUUAUAUUAUUUAUAAAUGAUCGUUUAGUUGAUUCCCAAGGAUUGAGAAAAGCUGUGGAUCAAGUUUACAGCAUUUAUUUAGCUAAAGGAUCACAUCCAUUCAUAUACUUAAGUUUAAAACUGGAUCCAAUGAAUGUUGAUGUCAAUGUACAUCCGACAAAACAUGAAGUUCAUUUUUUACAUGAGGAUAAAGUUAUUGAUAAAGUCAUUGAUGCGAUUCAAGAUAAACUUUCUGGUACUAAUACAUCAAGAACAUUCUAUACUCAAACAAGGUUGCCAAUKUCUAAUGAUACAUUGAUAGAUAAGUCUGAUGAAAAAAUAGAAAUUAAAGAAAAUCAAAAAUUAAAAAUAAUAAAUUCCACCAAUGUUUCACAAAAUAAAAUGGUAAGAACAGAUUGUGCUGAACAAAAAAUUGACAAGUUCUUAAACACAAGUAAUAGUAGCAAUAGGACAUUAGUGUUACCGAAAUCAAAAACCAAUGAUGUUAUUACCCGACGAGAAAUUAAGCUGACUAGUGUAUUAUCUUUACGUAAAGAAAUUGAAAACUCCUGUAGUGAAACCUUACAGGCAAUUUUUCAGAAUCAUAAGUAUGUUGGUGCCGCUUCUCCUACCUGGUCAUUAUUUCAGCAUGAUACAAACCUAUACAUUUGUAAUUCUAAUAAUGUAUUACAAGAAAUGUUUUAUCAAAUUAUGAUAUACGAGUUUGGAAAUUUUGGUGUUAUAAAAUUUUCAAAUGCAUUAUCCAUUUAUGAGUUGAUAAUGAUUGCAUUAGAACUAUCAGAAUCUGGAUAUCAAACAAGUGAGGAUAAACCGAAAGAAGAAUUAGCUCAUGAUGCUGCUGAGAUAUUGGCAUCUAGAGCUCCAAUGUUAAAUGACUAUUUUUCUAUUGAAAUUGAUAUGGACGGAAAUAUUUUGUCAAUACCUUUAUUGUUAGAGGGAUUCCUUCCAGAUUUAGACGGACUACCCUUAUAUUUAUUACGUUUGGCUAGUGAAGUUGAUUGGUCCAGCGAAAAGCAAUGUUUUCUUAGUUUUUGUCGUGAAACAGCUAGAUUUUAUGUAUUACAUCCAUGGAAACAACAAUGUGGUAACAGUGAUGAUAUAUCAGAUGCUGCGCCUGAUAGAAAUUGGACUUGGAGUUUAGAACAUGUGUUAUAUCCAUCUUUAAGAAAAUCAUUUCAGCCUCCAAGACAUUUUUUAGAAGAUGGCACGCUAUUGCAAAUAGCUAGCUUACCUGAUAUGUACAAAGUAUUUGAGCGAUGUUAAUAUAUUUAUAGCAUAAGAAUUUAUUUAUUUUAUUUAAAUAUAAGUUUUAAA